ACAAAAAAAAUAGAAAAAAAUAGAAUUGAAAGUAAUAUUAGCGACCGAUCGAGUUAUAGUGCUAAAGCGAUUUGAAAGAUUGUCUUGCUUAAACCAAAAGGGCCCCUCGAGGCCCCGGAAACCGAACUAGAACUAGUAUCCAAUACCCCGCCGAUCAUCCCGAUCCUGACAUGAUGAACUUCUCCGCGUUUGGCGGCCCCUUCUCCGGCAUCCACCAAUUUGCCGCUAAAUUCGAUGCCCAGACGCCCGGCGCCUUCGGCACGCCCCCCGCGGCCGCCGCGAAUGCAGCAGCCGCAGCGGCAGCGGCCGGCACCGAUAACCAUGUGCAGCGCUAUCAGACCAAUGGCAAUCACUUUAAUCAGAAUGUGCCCAACGUUUCGGCUGCCAACAACAUGCAAUAUGGCCAGAAUAUCUCCAUACCGUACUCACAGCCGCAGGGUGAUCUAAACUUUCUCAAUGCAGCCGCUGCGGCCGAUCAUAAGGGUAAAAUCCAUCCAAAAAUCGAACGUGACCGGGAAGAAGUCCUCAACCAGCAGAUCCUGCAGAAUGUCAACCAAUCCUGGCAGACGUUGGCCAAUACGGCCAACACGGUGGACUACUCGUCGCACCUGCUCUCCGCCACACUGCCCAUCUCCAUACAGCACUUCCUCAAGUACUCGGAGACGAUCAAGAAGGAGUCCACCGGCGAUGUCCUGAAGAACGGCACCAAUUUGGCCAGCCUGGCGCUGGGGGGCGUGGCCCUAACGCCCAGCAACAACGGUGCGAAUGGUGGCCACCACAACGGACUGGUGGGCAUGGACCAUGGCGGUCACAUGACCAACAUGACGGACGCCAACGGAGCGGCGCUGACGAACGGAGCUAGCAACGGAGUGAACGGCAAUGCCAACGGCACUGUGACCAAUGGUGGCGCCGGCGCGGUCUCCAGUUCCGGAUCUGUGGGCACGACAAACGCCAGCGGCGGCACGGGCACGGCCAGCGGCAAGAAGACCAAAAAGAAGAAACCACCAAAGGAGAAGAAGCCGCGCCCCAAGCCGGGAGAAAUCCGCGAGACAAAGGCGCUGGAUGGCUCGACGCUCUACUGCUGCCCGGAGUGCCAAAUGGCCUAUCCGGACCGCAGCCUCAUCGAGCAGCACGUCAUCUCGCACGCCGUGGAGCGGCGCUUCGUCUGCGACAUAUGCAAUGCGGCGCUGAAGCGCAAGGACCACCUGACCAGGCACAAGCUCUCCCACAUACCGGACAGGCCGCAUGUGUGCAAUAUCUGCAUGAAGUCCUUCAAGCGCAAGGAGCAGCUCACUCUGCACAUUGUCAUCCAUUCCGGCGAGAAGAAGCAUGUUUGCAUUGAGUGUGGAAAAGGUUUCUAUCGCAAGGAUCACUUGCGCAAGCACACGCGAUCGCACAUCGCCCGGCGCGUCAAGUCGGAGGUGUCGGCGCAGAACGUUAAUGGAUCCGCCGGAGGGGGUGGCGGCGGUGGAGGCGGCAACAGUGCGCAGAGCAACGCGCUGCACGGCUCCUGAGGAUCGUACAAGGACUUCUGGUAAACUCCCAGCCGAAUUUCAAGCCAUAAGGGGCGGCUAGCCUGCUGGCGGCGGUGGACAUGUGGUUUCCGUAUACGGAUACGACUGACUGCUGCUGGGAGCAGGCGAGCUGCCUUUGAAAUUCGCUGGGGGCUUACCGGGGGUCCUGCUGAGCGUCACCCAACUCCAAUUACAAUAACCCUCAAUAAACACGAGUUAUACUUACUGGAUGCAAGUAUUAGUACGAUUUUGUUCACGACACUUUCAGUUCUUUAGCUUUAGUUCUUUCAGUUGAGAUUUUCGCACAAACAGUCGAGCAAAGUAUAGCAAUCGAAAUGUACAAAUCAGCAGAAUGACAGAUUUAAAUUCGAGUUUAGUAUGCGCAUAUGUUAAGGGAAGAAAACGCUGCUUAAACGUCGCUUUCGUUUCUUUUUGGGGAUCUGUGAUCUGUAGUCGCUGCAUAAACUAAAAACAAACGAGACGAUCGUAGGCGGUCGAAAGCUGUUCUAAGAAUAAGUUAAUAUGUCUGCAACCGAUUUAAUUAUAUAUGUGCAAUUUAUAAUCCUUUUGAUUUGCCUUUUUGUUGCCCUCACGGCGCCUUUGUUCACUACAUUUAAUGCUAAAUAUGUUUUCCCCGCCGAGACAAGGGGGGAAAUGGAAUUCUUAUUCAAUUAUGCACACUUUUAAGGAAGUAAGAAGCUCUACAAGCGAAAUUUGUACUUCUAGUCUUGUAUUUUAUUUUACCGAUAGGCAUAGAGGGAAACCCGAUACGAGGUCAUGUAAUCUUAAGCUUUUAAACUUGAAUGUUCAAAGGAAAACCUUCGACGCGAGUCACACCAAACACUAAACAGAGAGCCGCAAUACGAACUUGCAUCUUGGCAUGCCCAACUUCCAGCCAUCGUCAUUGCUUGCAACUGCAAUAGCCAACAGUAAACCUAUAUCCCGCUUACCAAUCAAUACCGAUACUGAUACUGAUACAAGUACAGAUACAGAUACAGAUACAUAUACAGAUACAGAUA